GGAACUGACGCGGAAGUUCCUGGCAAGAGGCGCGUGAGCUGCGCGAGGAGGAGCCGAGGCGGCCGGUCGGGGAGUUGAGGCGGCGGCCGGUGUGCGGUCGUGGCGUUGUUGCGUGGGAGCCCGUUGGCAUUUUUUAUUUAUCCUGUGGACUCCUUUCCUGAGGGUAACGUGUCUGCGCGCCGUGUCCCGAAGUCGGAACCGAUUUAUAGCGACCCUUAAUAGGUCCUGAGUUCCUUUCAGGGUCAAGUCUGAAUUAUUGAAAUAUGAAAAUGGAGCCUAAGAAGGAGGUUACUAGUGACCAGCGGUUUUCCCGCAUAACAAGAGACCCUAGAUUUUGGGAAAUGCCAGAAAAAGACCGCAAGAUCAAAAUUGACAAAAGAUUUCAGGCAAUGUUUCAUGACAAGAAAUUCAAGUUGAAAUACACAGUUGAUAAGCGAGGACGUCCGGUUAAUCACAGCUCUACUGAGGAUCUGAAACGAUUCUAUGACAUUUCUGAUUCAGAUUCUGAUCUUUCUGAUUCUGACCAAAAUAAGACUGGAAAGAAAGUUAAGGUGGAAAAGUCCAAGUCUAAAGACAAGAAAGACUCUGACAAAUUUCCUGAUGGCAGUAAAAAAAGCAAAGUAGCAGAUCAUAAAAGCUUACUGGUCUCUCAGUCUGAUACUUUAAAAAACAAACAACAGAAAUGCAAGAUUAUGAAAAAGACAAAUGUAACUGAAUCUGCACGAAGAAAACAAGAUUCUUCUGUCAAAGAUGUCUGCAAAUAUGAUUUGGAAAAUAAAGGUUCUGAAAAUGAGGGAAGCUUAGAUCUUGAAGACUUGGAAGGCAGUGGAAAAACUGAUGAUGGAGAUUCAGAAGAGAAUGGAGAGGAAAGUGAUUUGGGAGAUGAAGGAAAAGGAGAUUCAGAAGAGAAUAGAGAGGAAAGUGAUUUGGGAGAUGAAGGAAUAAGAACAGAAAGUGGUGGUGAUGAUGAUGAUGAAGAAGAAGAAGCAGAAGAAGAAGAGGAGGAGGAAAGUGGAGAAGAAAGUGAGAUAGAUGACGAAAGUGACAGUGGUCCAGAUUUGGCAAGGGGAAAGGGCAACAUAGAAACUAGUUCUGAGGAUGAAGAGGAGAAUGAUUUGGCUGAAGUAUUUCCAAAGGAACCUGAAGUCAUACAUGGAUGGGGAGAGCUGGCAAAAGAUGCCCCAUGUGCAAAUAUGAUCACGAGAAGAUUGGCAGUUUGCAAUAUGGAUUGGGAUCGACUGAAGGCCAAGGAUCUGCUGGCUUUGUUUAAUUCUUUUACACCCAAGGGUGGUGUAGUUUUUUCUGUAAAGAUCUAUCCUUCUGAGUUUGGAAAACAAAGAAUGAAAGAAGAAGUAGUGAAUGGCCCAACAGAACUAUUAAGCCUUCCGGAGGAUGUCACAGAGAAAGACAGCAUUUAUAAGGAGAAACUAAGAGACUAUCAGUUCAAACGACUGAAAUAUUACUAUGCAGUGGUAGAAUGUGACUCCCCUGAAACAGCUAAUAAAAUCUAUGAAGAAUGUGAUGGACUGGAAUUUGAAAGCAGCUGCUCUUUUGUGGACCUCAGAUUUGUUCCAGAUGAGAUGAUAUUUGAUGAUGAGCCAAAGGACUUGGCCUGUGAAGUAGAUGGAGCUGCUUAUAAACCAAAGUACUUCACAUCUGCUGCUGUGGCAACAUCAAAGGUAGAUAUCACAUGGGAUGAGACAGAUCAUGAAAGAGUGACAUCACUGAGCAGAACCUUUAAAAAAGAUGAACUGCUAGACAUGGACUUCCAAGCCUACUUGGCUUCAUCAAGUGAGGAGGAGGAGGAGGAAAAACAGCAAGGUAGUGAUGCAACACACACAACAGACAUUGAAAAACCUAAGCUUCACCCCAAGGAUGAUGAAGAGCAAAUUGCAAAAUAUAGAGAACUUCUCCGGAGUAUCCAGGAAAAAGAGAAGCAUCAUCAGGAGACUGAUAUGGAAAUGGAGAUUAAGUGGGUUCCAGGACUGAAAGAAAGUGCUGAAGAAAUGGUACGGAACAAAUUAGAAGGGAAGGACAAACUGACUCCAUGGGAACAGUUUCUGGAAAAGAAGAAGGAGAAGAGGAAACUGAAGAAAAAACAGAAGGCUACUGCUGAGGAAACACAAACAGAAGAUGAAUGCCCAUCAGAUGUUGAUUGGAAUGAUCCCUACUUUGCUGAGGAACUUGGACCAGCAGGUACAAAGAAGAAGUUGAAGAAAAAAGGAGAUACCCAAGAAAAGCAAGAGGAUACAGAAAAGCAUAAGCAGGCUGAAAUGGCUCUGCUUGUGAUGGAGGAGGAGGAGGAUGAAAGGCAGCACUUCAAUUAUGACAAGAUAGUGGAACAGCAGAACCUGAGCAAAAAGAAGAAGAAGCUAUUAAUGAAAAAGAAGGAACUGCUGACAGAUGACUUCCAGGUAAAUGUUGCUGAUGCCAGAUUCCAAGCCAUAUAUACUUCCCAUUUGUUUAAUUUGGAUCCUUCAGAUCCAAACUUCAAGAAAACAAAAGCAGUGGAAAAGAUUUUGGAAGAGAAAGCUCGUCGAAGACAACAAGGGUUGGCUGAUACAGCUGGGAAAGUUGACGAUGCGGCAGAAAAGAAACCAGCUUCCAAGAAAUCCAUGGAUCCUUCAUUGUCAAUGCUAAUCAAAUCUGUCAAGAACAAAACAGAACAAUUUCAGGCAAGAAAGAAACAGAAAGUGAGAUAAGUGGACUUCUCAAAUUGAUUAAAAACUGUGAAGUCUGGGAGAAAACAGAGUCUGAGGAUUAAGCACUAGCUUCCUCUGAAUCCUCCUCCAGUUUUUUAACUACUGAUUUAAACAAAAAUUAUUGAAUUUAAAUUAAAAGCAAGUAUAACAUAAUUGAACAUGUUUGACCAUUUUAUUUAUUUUUUAGAAAAAACAAUUUUGUCACUUUUAUCAUAUGAUAGCUUAUAUUGAUUCUGAGCUUGGUAAGACCUCUUGGAGGUAUACUUCAUAUUUCAAAGGUAUUUGUAAAAUGGAUUGAUUAUAAAUAUCACAUUCUAGAUAUGUGAUUAUUACAGCUAUUAAAAUGAUUUUAAUACA